AUGUCGCUGGUAGUCCUCAAGCGCAUCUCGCCAGCCGUAAACGAUUUCCUAUCACUGAACCAAAGUGGUUUUCGUGCAGGAAGGUCAACAGCUGAUGUGGUCUGGUGCCAUCGGUGGUUAGCAGCUACGACCCAGCGGUACCACUGGUCAUUCAGCAUACUGGGCAUCGACAUGUCACGUGCCUUUGACACGAUCAGGCGAGGACAGUUGAUGGACGUGGUUCAGCGAUUCUUGGAAGAAGACGAGGUACGCUUGAUCCGUUACCUGAUCUCAGAUACGAAUUUGGCAGUCAGACUGGGCACGGAAACAUCAAGCUCUUUCUCCACUAACAUUGGUACCCCGCAAGGCGACUCCUUGUCGCCAAUUCUAUUCGUGAUCUACCUGGAAGCUGCCCUGCAGGAUGUGCGACAGCGAAUGGCUGCACCUGUGGCCCGGCAUCUUCCGUACGAUGUGGAGUACGCCGAUGAUGUGGACUUCAUCAGUAUCUCUAGUGAUUGGCUUCGGAUGUUAGAGCCACAAGUUGCCACCAUCUUGGGUACAUGGUCCCUUACCGUCAACCAGACCAAGACAGAAUUCACAGCCAUCCAGCGAGAGGCCGAUCGUGCUGAUGAGCCAUAG